CUCGCGCGACUGCAUGACAGCGGCGUGCGGGAAAACAUUAGCACUGAGCUAACAAGCGGUAUAAAACUAAAGCCAGUGGGAGGGAAAACCUCAAACAGUGUAUAUUAUUCCUUUUACGUAUUGAAAUACUCCUGCGGAAGGACCAACGCCGGAAAAAUGAGUUUACUGGCCAAAAUCGCCGAAAUCGAGAACGAGAUGGCUCGUACUCAGAAGAACAAGGCCACGGCGCAUCACUUGGGUCUGCUGAAAGCUCGACUCGCCAAGCUGCGCAGGGAGCUCAUCACUCCUAAAGGAGGCGGCGGAGGAGGACCCGGAGAAGGCUUUGACGUCGCAAAGACAGGAGACGCGCGUAUCGGCUUUGUGGGCUUCCCCUCGGUGGGUAAGUCCACUCUGCUGAGUAACCUGGCCGGAGUGUACUCCGAAGUGGCCGCUUACGAGUUCACUACGCUCACUACGGUGCCGGGAGUCAUCCGCUACAAAGGAGCCAAAAUCCAGCUAUUGGAUCUCCCAGGUAUCAUCGAAGGAGCCAAAGACGGUAAAGGCAGAGGGCGACAAGUUAUAGCAGUGGCUCGUACCUGCAACCUGAUCCUGAUCGUCCUGGACGUUCUGAAGCCUCUCGGACACAAGAAGCUGAUCGAGCACGAGCUGGAGGGCUUCGGCAUCCGCCUCAACAAGAAACCUCCCAACAUCGGCUUCAAGAAGAAGGACAAAGGAGGCAUCAACUUCACCUCUACUUGUGUGCAGAGCGAGCUGGAUGGAGAAACAGUGAAGAGCAUUCUGGCCGAGUAUAAAAUCCACAACGCUGACAUAACGCUGAGGAGCGACGUGACGGCCGACGACCUCAUAGAUGUAGUGGAGGGAAACAGAGUUUACAUCCCCUGCAUUUAUGUCUUGAACAAAAUCGACCAGAUCUCCAUCGAAGAGCUGGACAUCAUCUACAAAGUCCCUCACUGCGUUCCGAUCUCCGCUCACCACCGCUGGAACUUUGACGACCUGCUGGAGAAGAUCUGGGAUUACCUGCAGCUCGUACGCAUCUACACCAAGCCAAAGGGUCAGCUCCCUGACUACACAGCUCCUGUGGUCCUUCCCACCGAACGAACAGCUGUCGAAGACUUCUGCCUCAAAAUCCACAAAAACCUCAUCAAGGAGUUUAAAUAUGCGCUGGUGUGGGGUUCCUCCGUGAAACACAACCCUCAGAAAGUGGGCAAAGACCACGUGAUGGAGGACGAGGACGUCAUUCAGCUGGUCAAGAAGUAAAAACGGACUCGAACACUUCUCGCACGACCGAGCUGCUCUUUACAGCGAAAAAAGACAGAGGCGGUUUUCAAAAGACCAGAAACCUCAGGAGGCUUUUCAUUCCUUCCUUUUGGACGUCAUCAGAUUGUAUAUGAACGUUAAUGUUGCAUUUCGCCUUUCCAACGCAUGUGUUGAAGCCACAGGUGGGUCGAAUGCUGUUUAAAAAAGGAAAACGUAUUGUAUCUAUAGGUUUAAAUAAAAGGAUUAAAACUCUGAAAUGAUGCUUUUCGUGUCUGUCCAUGGCUGUAA